UUAAAACUACUGUUAACUUGGAUUUACGAAUAACUAUAGGAAGUAUGUUAAUUAAAAAUAUACACUGUGUGCCCCUUGACAUAGGCCAUUUUGAUGUGCGUUUGGGCUUAAAGGGAUUAUUUCUUCAGGGGCAGGUAGAAGUGACUAAGAAGCUUGUAGUGUAAAAGUAAUUGAAAGAUUGUCAACAAUUUCGAUUGUAUUUUUCUGCUCCUUCUCAAUAAUUUUUAAUCAAAAUUACUACUGUUAAAUUAAUGUGAAUACAGGAAAAUAUUUAAUUUACGAAUAACGCAAACAAUUGCCUUGUGGUCCAAUUAUCAAGAAUAAAAGUGAUGGAAGAAAUAAUGGAAAUCGUGAAAGUUGAGGAUGCAGUGUUCUUAGAAGAUACAGCGCUGGAAAAUUUAUUUGAUCCAGAAAACGUACAAGAAACUAUUAUAAUGUCUGCUGAACAAGGAGAAUCCACUGACACAACAGUUAUUGCUCAUGACGGUCAAAUUAUACAAAUUAUAACAGAUUAUGAAUGUGUUACAUGUCAUCGUAUCUUUCAAUCGCAAGAUAUGCUAAAGGAACAUUUAGACAUAUGUAGAGAAGAAGAUGAUUCCAACAUUUUGCAGUUAAGGAGUCUUGAGAAUUAUGAGUCAGAUGAUGAAGAGAAAGAUAAUAAUCCAGACUAUAUUAAUAAUUCCAAUAUGGAAGAUGACAGUUCCAAUAAUCAAAAAAAUUAUAAUGAUAAGCCAAUAAUUAUACCUGUACCUGAUACACAAUGUCAUUGCUGUGCUGAAGAUUUAAGCACUGCGCACAGUGGUGGUGAAUUUAAAUGUCAACACUGUAACCUAUCAUUUAAAAAGAAAUCAUCCUUAGAAAGACACAUUGUGGUAAUUCAUUGGCAGUGUGAUUCGUGUACCUGCAAAGAUUGUGGACAAUCAUUUCGUGAUAAAAAGUCACUAAACAAACAUCGUUAUACUACUCAUGCUGAUAAAAAAAUUUUCAGAUGUGAGCCUUGCGAUACUUAUUUUUCACGAAUGUAUCAUUUAAAUCGUCAUAUAAUGCAAUCUGGAUGUCAUGGAAAUAUUCUUAAUACAUAUAGUUGUCAAGUUUGCCAAAAAAUUUUCACACGGAAGGAUAAUUUACGUGAACAUUUACGAACUCAUGCUGGAACUCCUCAAAGACAAAAAAAGCCUUGUAGAUAUUGUCCUAAGGAAUUUUUUACUAACCAACAAUUGUUAAUUCACGAACGUGUACAUACAGGAGAACGACCAGUUCAAUGCGAUUUAUGCCCAAAGUCUUUUCUAUCUUCUCUUGCAUUAAAGAAACAUAGACGUGUACAUACAGGAGAAAAACCAUUUGAAUGUCAAUAUUGUCAAAAAAAGUUUGCUGCUCGGGAAACUUUAAAUCGUCACCAAAGAACUCAUACUGGCGAAAAACCUCAUGUUUGUCAAUAUUGCUCUAAAUCAUUUAUUCAGGCUGCUCAAUUAAGAGCACAUAUAUUUCAUCACACUGGUGAAAAUGGUUUUUACUGUGAGGUAUGUGGGAAAGCAUUUAGUAGAAAAGCUCGGUUAAAUGUUCACAAAAAAUUUGUUCAUGAAGGAGCCACCCCAUUUGCAUGUCAAAUGUGUGAAAAGAAAUUUAUAAGAAAAGAAGAUCUUGUUAAACAUGUAGUACUUCAUACAGGAGUUAAAGCAUAUAAAUGUGACAAAUGUACAAAAGCUUUUUCUACAAAAUCUUCCUUACAAGCUCAUUUAAAUACUCAUAGACGAGAACCACCACAAUCUUGUGUUGAAUGUAAUAGAGUUUUUAUACGUCAAGAUUGUUUAAUGAGGCAUAUUAAAGCAAAACACCGUGAUCUAUUAGAAGAAGUAAUGGAUGAAGUCGAAAAAAAGAAUUUACAAAUACAAUUAUAUAAUAUUGCAACAGUUGCUGCAGAGAAAACAAAGAAAGGAGAGUCUACUCAAUUUUCCACUGAAGAAUUGUUAAAAGCCAUAGCUGAUCUUUUGAAAAUAUUAAUUGAUGAUGAUACUCUUCAGCUCUUUGGUUGGCCUGAUGCCCCUAUUGAAGAUAUUGUACAAGCUGUAAUUAGACGAUGUGGGCAUGAACCAUUAACAUCAGAAUGUAGAUUACCUUUUGAUGAAAGAUUAAGGGAAAACAUAAAGUGUUUAUUUAUGGUUGUUAUAGAAGAUAAUAUGGUAAAAUCUCUUUUAACACGAAAGACAAUAGAUGACGUAAUUGUACAUAUUUUGAAACUUUCAAAGGAAGUAAAUUUAUAGUUAUGAAGAAGAAAUAAUUAUUAACUAAGUUUCUAUUUA